AUGGCAUCAGAUAUUCCCGGCUCAGUGGCCUUGCCAGUGGCACCAAUGGCAAGUGGACAAGUGCGAAUGGCAGGAUCCAUGCCUUCCAGAGGAGGAAAGCGCCGCUCUGGAAUGGACUUCGAUGAUGAAGAUGGGGAGGGGCCCAGCAAAUUUUCAAGGGAGAAUCAUAGUGAGAUUGAGAGACGCAGGAGAAAUAAGAUGACACAGUACAUCACCGAACUGUCUGAUAUGGUACCCACUUGUAGCGCGUUGGCUCGUAAGCCUGACAAGCUGACGAUUCUUCGAAUGGCUGUUUCACACAUGAAAUCAAUGAGGGGCACUGGAAACAAAUCUACUGAUGGAGCUUACAAGCCUUCGUUUCUUACAGAACAGGAACUGAAACAUCUUAUCCUGGAGGCUGCAGAUGGGUUCCUGUUUGUAGUUGCAGCUGAGACGGGAAGAGUGAUCUACGUAUCAGAUUCUGUGACUCCUGUGCUGAACCAGCCUCAGUCUGAAUGGUUUGGCAGCACUUUGUAUGAACAGGUUCAUCCAGACGACGUGGAAAAGCUGCGAGAGCAACUAUGUACAUCUGAAAACUCUAUGACAGGACGAAUCCUCGACUUGAAGACUGGAACAGUAAAGAAAGAGGGUCAGCAGUCCUCAAUGAGAAUGUGCAUGGGAUCAAGGCGCUCUUUUAUUUGCAGGAUGAGGUGUGGAAAUGCUCCUCUGGAUCAUUUACCUCUGAACAGAAUAACCACCAUGAGAAAAAGAUACAGGAAUGGUCUUGGCCCAGUAAAAGAAGGUGAAGCACAGUAUGCUGUUGUCCAUUGCACUGGCUAUAUCAAGGCUUGGCCACCAGCAGGAAUGACUAUACCAGAAGAAGACGCUGACGUGGGACAAGGUAGUAAAUAUUGCCUUGUGGCAAUAGGAAGGCUUCAGGUAACCAGCUCUCCAGUGUGCAUGGACAUGAAUGGCAUGUCAGUCCCAACCGAGUUCUUGUCUAGGCACAACUCUGAUGGAGUCAUCACCUUUGUCGACCCAAGGUGCAUCAGCGUCAUUGGCUACCAGCCCCAGGAUCUUCUGGGGAAAGAUAUUUUAGAAUUCUGCCAUCCUGAAGAUCAAAGCCAUUUGAGGGAGAGUUUCCAACAGGUUGUGAAACUGAAAGGUCAAGUCCUGUCUGUGAUGUAUCGUUUUCGUACCAAAAACCGGGAAUGGAUGCUGAUCAGGACCAGCAGCUUCACAUUUCAGAAUCCUUACUCUGAUGAGAUCGAAUACAUCAUCUGCACCAACACUAAUGUAAAACAGCUUCAGCAGCAGCAAGCAGAACUUGAAGUACAUCAAAGAGAUGGGCUGUCAUCCUAUGACUUAUCUCAGGUGCCUGUUCCAAGUAUACCAGCUAAUGUUCAUGAGGGUGGAAAGUCUGUGGAAAAGCCUGAUGCUAUCUUCUCCCAAGAGAGAGAUCCUAGAUUUGCUGAGAUGUUUGCUGGAAUAACUGCUUCAGAUAAAAAAAUGAUGGCUUCGGCAUCCACAGCAGGAAACCAGCAGCUUUACUCACAGGGAAGCCCAUUUCAGCCAGGACAUUCGGGAAAGACUUUCAGUUCGUCCGUGGUACAUGUGCCUGGUGUGAACGACAUCCAGUCUUCUUCAUCAACAAGCCAGAAUCUGACACAGAUAUCUCGCCAGCUAAAUCAGAGUCAGGUUGCCUGGACAGGAAAUCGCCCACCGUUUCCAGGACAGCAAAUUCCAUCUCAGUCUGGCAAGGCUCAGUCAUCUCCCUUUGGGAUUGGAACAAGUCACACCUACCCAGCUGAUCCAUCAUCAUACAGCCCCCUUUCCAGCCCAGCCACCUCUUCUCCAAGCGGGAAUGCCUACUCUAGCUUAGCAAACCGAAGUGCAGGGUUCGCUGAAGGUGGCCAGAGCAGCGGCCAAUUCCAGGGGAGACCUUCUGAAGUCUGGUCCCAGUGGCAGAGCCAACAUCACAACCAGCAGAGUGGUGACCAGCAUUCGCACCCGCAGCCCAGUCAGACCGAGGUGUUCCAGGACAUGCUGCCAAUGCCGGGGGAUCCGACGCAGGGUACUGGCAAUUACAACAUUGAAGAUUUUGCUGACCUGGGCAUGUUUCCACCAUUUUCUGAGUAG